AUGUGGGGCCGAGUAUGUCGAAAAUGGACGACGAGAGAGCUAGAAUGCGGCUCUUGGGCUUAUCAAUCGAACAUUGUCAAUUUGAUCGCGUCGAGAGAGGAGAUCGCGCUCGAAGAUUUCUACGACAAUCAGGAAUGGCUGUUGACGGACGCGCGACUCUACAAUGGGACGACGCGAAAUUUGAGCGCGGCGAACGAGUCGUUCAGUAUGGUCUACAUGCGGCUCGAUCUCAAGCGUCAAUCAUUCUACUACGUGUUCAAUUUGGUGUUUCCGACGACACUCGUGUCGUUGGUCGCCGUCGUCGGAUUUCACGCGCCGAUAAACGCGACCGGAAGACGCGAGAGCAAAUUUCGUCUAGGCAUCAUGACGCUUCUCUCGAUGUCGGUGAUGCUUCUCAUGCUCGUCGGCGAAAUGAAAUUCGCCAUGGAGAGUGUUCCCGGCCAACGCGGCUCGUUCAGCGAUGUUCCAUUGAUGGGCAUCUACUACAUCGCCCUUAUAUGUAUUGUGAGCAUCGCCACGUGCACCUCGUCGGUUUUUGUGCACCUCGAGAAAUAUGCGCUGAGGAAUCCGAGUUGGGAGUCGGUACCUUGGUAUAUUCGAUGGCUGGCCGCCAAGAAGCUUUUCUGCUGCUACGUGCCGACGGCGUUCCGCUACGACAAGAAUUCGUACUCGCGCAACAACAACGUACAGGCGAUUUCGGUGUCGUCGAGUCCCGAUCGGACGGUCACCAAAAAUUUGAUACCCAAAGAGGUGAACUUCACCGAGGUCAACGUUGACGCGCCGCUUCACGAGACAACGACACUUGAAGGAGCCCACGCGAAAGAGCAAAAACUCGAUUUGUUGAUCGGUUUGCUUCGCGAAAUCAUCGCGUUGAAGGAGCGCGCGACGAUCUGCGGACAAUUGGCGCCAUAUUGGGAUCGGAUCAUAUCGAGAUGCGAGAAGGUCUCGCUCAGCUUCUACCUAUUCCUCAUCACCAUUAAUAUUUUGCUAUUCUUGUACCCGGAGUUGUGGUAUUGA